CAGACAUUCACAACCGAAAAGUCAUCCCGCUCGUGAUCGCUUAUAUUAACAUCUCACAGGGGAGCUUACAGCCAUGGCACUCCUUUCAUCACGUUCUUCUGCCAACUGCACUGGUCGUUCUGUCCGCCGCGCCACGGUCGCCCCUGCUCCCGUCGUCAAGCCUCACUCGUCCGUCGCCAUGCGGUUCACCAACAACACCAAACAGGACGCCGCCGUGCCGGCGCCCUGCGACAUGCAGUUCGUCCUGGACUCCAAGUUCACCAGGGAGAGCGGCCUACAGCCCCGCGUUGUCUUCCGCAACCUGACCACCCCCCAGCUGUACGAGAUGGCUCUGGCCCACGAGCCUGGCACCCAUAUCACCUCGUCUGGUGCCCUGGCCACUCUGUCCGGCGAGAAGACCGGCCGCAGCCCUAAGGACAAGCGUGUGGUGCGCGACCCCGAGACCGAGAAGGACCUGUGGUGGGGCCCCUACUCGCCCAACUACGUGAUGGACGACCGCACCUUUCUGACCAACAGGGAGCGCGCCAUCGACUACCUGAACACCCUGGACCGCGUGUACGUGGUGGACGCAUUCGUCAACUGGGACCCAGAGUCCCGCCUCAAGGUGCGUGUGGUGACCAGCCGCGCCUACCACGCCCUGUUCAUGAGCAACAUGCUCAUCAAGCCCACGGAGGAGGAGCUGAAGACCUUCGGCGAGCCCGACUUUGUGAUCUACAACGCCGGCGCCUUCCCCGCCAACAAGUACACCCAGUUCAUGACGUCCCAGACCUCCAUCGAUCUCAGCCUGAAGCACAAGGAGAUGGUCAUCCUGGGCACCAUGUACGCCGGCGAGAUGAAGAAGGGCGUCUUCACGCUGAUGCACUACCUGAUGCCUAUGCAGGGCAAGCUGUCGCUGCACAGCGGCUGCAACGUGGGCGCUGACGACGACGUGACCAUGUUCUUUGGACUGAGCGGCACCGGCAAGACCACACUGUCGGCGGAUCCCAAGCGCCCGCUAAUUGGUGACGACGAGCACGUGUGGAGCGACAAGGGCGUGUUCAACAUUGAGGGCGGCUGCUACGCCAAGUGCAUUGGCCUCAAGGCCACCACCGAGCCUGAGAUCUGGAACGCCAUCAAGUUCGGCACGGUUCUGGAGAACGUGGACUACAACCCCGUCACCCGCGAGGUGGACUACGAGAGCGAGCGCCUGACUGAGAACACUCGCGCCUCGUACCCCAUUGAGUUUAUGAACAACGCCCGCAUCCCCUGCGUGGGCCCGCACCCCAAGAACGUCGUCCUGCUGGCCUGCGACGCCUUCGGCGCGCUGCCGCCCGUGUCGCGCCUGACCCUGGAGCAGGCCAUGUACCACUUCAUCAGCGGAUACACUGCCAAGGUUGCCGGCACUGAGAUGGGCGUGACUGAGCCAACCGCCACCUUCAGCGCCUGCUUCGGCAGCGCCUUCCUGAUGCUGCACCCCUACAAGUACGCCACCAUGCUGGCCGAGAAGAUGAAGGCGCACGGCACCACCGCCUGGCUCAUCAACACUGGCUGGACCGGCGGCAAGUACGGCGUGGGCAAGCGCAUCAGCCUGAAGCACACCCGCGCCAUCAUCGACGCCAUCCACUCUGGCGAGCUGGACAAGGCCGAGUACGUGACCACGCCCAUCUUCGGGCUGCAGGUGCCCAAGGCCAUCAGCGGCGUGCCGGCCGAGAUCCUGAGCCCCGAGAACGUGUGGCCCAACAAGGAUGAGUUCGCCAUGUGCUUGAACAGCCUUGGCCACAUGUUCAUCAGGAACUUUGAGCACUUCAACGACGGAGAGCAGUUCGUGGGCAAGGACACGGCCGCGCGCAUUCUGACCGGCGGGCCCCAGCCCAUCGCCAAGGAGGACGUUGAGAAGAAGGGCUUCGGCGCCUUCAAGACGCAGUAAGCAGCCGCCCGCCUCCGGACACCGGACACACGGCAUCCAGGCAGCCGGCACGCGGCGCCACGUGGGCGCGCGUGUGGCGCUGCACGGCGAUGAGGUGGACCGGUUGUGGGGCCCUCGCAGCAGCGGGGUGCAGGGCUGGCCUGCUGGGGCCUUGAACACUGACACAUACUGACACAAGGACCCCCAGUUGGGCGACCUGUGCCCUGGGCGACCGGCGACGUGCGUUGGCCGGCGCGGGUUUUGGUGUUCGUAUUGGGAUAAAGAAGCGCGCAGCUGGCCCCCCCCCAGGAGUGGACAAUGACUUCUUUUUAAGUGCUGGGCUUGCCGCGAUGUCGGCACGCCAUGCCGCCCUUCUGGACAAAAAUUGAUUAAUUGCGUGACGUUAGAAGUCAAUGUGUGCAUGGCCGUGCUCUGGUAGCAGCGGUUACGGUGCGUCAGGUGACGGGGGGCAGUGGGGCCGCGCACCUGGUAGAGCGUUUGGUUUGGGUAAAAUAGUUGUGCAGUGAUAUUCUGUAUCUCCAGUUGCUUGCGUGAGAUUGCGUGUAUGCAAAAUAACCCAACCAAGUCUCUGCACACAUGGGCCUGUAGCCGCCGGACGGCAAUGGAACACUGGCGUCCCCGGAAGCAGUUUUGAGGGUGCGACAGGUCGGUGGAGUAGAGGUUGGCUACACGGACGAGUCAGGGAGGAGGACUUGUGCAGCGGCCGCAUGGCUCUGCUGCUAGCUGAGCGCUGGCGCCAACAUGCCCGUCAGGUAUGGACGGAGUUAACCGGGGCCAUGCGUCUAAUUCUUUAUUGGCGUGCGGUAUUGAAGUACGCAGCGUGAGCGACUGAGCCAGAUGAGUAGCCUGUGAACUCCGCGCGAGUUUCAAGCAGGGGGAGCCAGUAGGAAGCACUCGACCACUCAACGCAGCAAGGCUGCGGGCGCACGGGUGCUGUAAAUGAAGAACGAAGCCAUUGCAAGAGAACCAGCAUUGACGUCCAGGUGGAUUGCCUGGUGCAUACGUGGCGUGUGCGUGCCGGCGUAGCUUUGCUGUUGAGUCAGACUGAGUCGCCGGGCACCCGGAGCUAGCAACCAGUCCAUCACGAACACUCCCCACUUGCGCAAUAACAACACCAGAUGGUCGAACCGAUCGCC